AUGGGGCGGCGGCUGCUUCUGCACUGCUUCCGUCCUGGUGUGGAACCAUUGAGACAGCAACUCCUUUCAUUGUCUGUUCUCUGCGCUUCACUUGAGUGCCCACACCUUCAGAGGCCUGCCCAGGACGAUGCAGGGACAGCAUGGCUAGGGCUGCCUUCAUGGUCGCUGCCUUGUUUCCAGAUUUCCUUGCCCCACACACUCCAGUCCUGGAGAACAAUGUCAGGAGGCGCUCAGCACAGACCUCUUGCAACUGUGGUGCCCCAGGCAUAUGCAAGGCAGACGUGGAAUCGUUUUUCCAACUGGAGAGCUGUCCAGGAUGCAGUGCAAAGUAUUGGGCCAUCCAUUAAGCCCAAGGAGAUUGCCAUGGCCUUCCACGCGCUCAAGAACAUGAAGGAGCGCCCUCAGUCUGAAUUCUUGAACAAGCUUGCCAGCCUGGCGAUCAAGGAAGUCCACAGAAUGGUCCCAAGGGACCUGGCAGAGGUCCUUCAUGCUUGCGCAAAGAUGGGAUGGGUGGAUGCUGAGGUCCUCACAGCAUGGCAAAAGGAGUUAAAUGAUGCACAGAUACUGGAGGCUUGCACAGACCUUGAAAUCUCCUCAAUUGUGUACUCUCUGGGGAAGAUAAACCAGCAGAGGCACAAGUCUUCUGGAAGUUUUGGAGGAUUCAACAGGGAAUUUCUUGCCAGGUUGGGUCAGGAGGCCAUACACGCCGAAAGGAUGGAAUCUUACAGCAGCGUUAUGCUCACAAACAUCCUGUUUGGUCUAGCGCUGCUGGGCCACAAGGAUAAUAAGGUGGCGAAUCGACUGUUGGAACAAUUGACAAAGCCAGAAUCGCUGGGCGAAAUGAAUGAACAGCAGCUCUCGUGCACACUAUACUCGAUGGCGUUGCUGGGCUGCCAUGGGUGGCGUGCCCUAGCACCAUUGGUCUCCACUGUGGAGCAGAAGGGGCCCUUGAUAUCAUCCCAUGGGCUAUCAAAUGUGAUCUACUCCCUGGGCAAGCUGCGUUUUGAUGACAAGGAGUUGGUGACAAGGGUGCUGGCACGGCGUUUGGGCGAGUCUGGGCUGGAGACAUUCAGUGAGCAAGACGUUUCAAAUAUCUUGCAUGGCCUUGCCAACAUGGCCAUCAGGGACACCCACAUUCUUGAGAUUCUGUGCAAGGAUCUGCAGAGGAAAGGGAGGCUGGCAGAGUUCACAGAGCAGGGCCUAUCCACUGUGGCGUUCGGGCUGUCACAGCUCAAAUAUCAUCACGGGCCAACCGUGCGUGCCAUAGGUGCAGAGACAGCACGCAGGGCUCAGAGCCUUGGCGACCGCGGCCUUGCAAUGUUGCUGCACUCUCUUGGCAGCCUGCAGUUCGACGAUCACGCUAUUGUGGAGGAUCUCAUGGCAGAGGCAGCGCUUGCCAAGCGAGUGGUGCGGUACAAAGGCCAAGAACUGGCGGGAUUGGUGCGGGCCAUGGGAUCCCUGCGCUUUGAGGAUGAUGCCAUUUGGGCCACCCUGCUGAACGAGUGCACAUCUCCAAAGCGCCUGCGUCGGCUUUCCCACCAGGAUCUGGCCGGCGUGCUGCUGGGCUGCGCCCACGCCAAGUACAGAGAGGAGGAAUACCUGCAGCCCCUCGCCCAUGCAGUUCUGCAGCCCGGCCGGCUGCAGGAGUUUGGGGACUACGGCCUGUCCAUUGUGCUGUUUGCAAUGUGCCGGCUGCACUUCUAUCACCCUGGCCUGGCGGGGGCAAUGGCGGAGGAGCUGAGCAGGGACCAGCGGUUGGCGUCGGUCAAGGACUACACAUAUGCAGAUUGCCUGUGGGUGAUGGCCAACGCGGAAUUGAAAGGGCACAGACAGUUGGGGAGGCUCGUGCGGCGCCUGGCGAGCCAACAGGCGCUUGGCAACCUCUCUGGCAUGCACCUGGCCAGAGUGCUUCGGGGGCUGAUCAUGAUGGACCACCGAGACAUGCCGUUUUUCAAGCGGGUGAAGAUGUUUCUGCUGACGGAUGUUGACGAGCAGGCGAACGGCCGCAUGUUGGAUGGAGACCUGGUGGAUAUGGCGCGUUCUUUCAACAGGGUGGGACUCCUUGAUGAGGAGCUUGGGAUUCGCUUGAAGUACGAGCCCCGGGCGCAGCGCAGACCAAGACGGACAUCGACUGACGAUGGCGACCUUAGCACAAGGGAUGCUGCUGAGGAAGCGGUGGAUGACCGAAUGGUUGAUGAUCCACAGAGCAUCAGCGACGAAGACGAAACCUCAUUUGAAGAAGGCAGCCCAGCAGAGGACUUGGAUGAGCCCAGCGAGAUCCAAGUAUUGAUGCGGGAAGUGCUGGAAAGUGGGGAUGCCGGCGCUUCCAGGUCGGAAGUGAGUAAUCCCCAGAGCUAA